GAUAUAACGUUUCACGUUAGACGACGGCUGAUGACGUCACUGUGGUCGCCCUUAUUUGCCGUCAGUUCCCGUCGUUCUUCCUUUUCAGCGUAGCGAGGCGAGAGGAAGAGCCGCUAAAAUGAGUAAGGUCUCCAGGGACACACUAUAUGAAGCAGUGAAGGAGGUCCUUCAGGGCUCUAAGACCAAGCGAAGGAAGUUUGUUGAGAGUGUGGAGCUGCAGAUCAGCUUGAAAAACUAUGAUCCCCAGAAGGAUAAGCGUUUCUCCGGCACCGUCAGGCUGAAGACUCUGCCAAGGCCCAAGUUCUCUGUCUGCGUUCUGGGAGACCAGCAGCACUGUGAUGAGGCCAAAGCUGCUGAAAUGCCACACAUGGACAUUGAGGCUCUCAAGAAGCUCAACAAAAACAAAAAGCUUGUCAAGAAGCUGGCCAAGAAGUAUGAUGCCUUCCUGGCUUCAGAGUCUCUGAUCAAGCAGAUUCCUCGUAUCCUGGGUCCUGGGCUUAACAAGGCUGGCAAAUUCCCCUCUCUGCUCACUCACAACGAGAACCUGAACACCAAGGUGGACGAAGUCAAAUCCACCAUCAAAUUCCAAAUGAAGAAGGUGCUGUGUCUGGCCGUGGCUGUGGGACAUGUCAAGAUGACUGAGGAUGAGCUUGUCUACAACAUCCACCUCGCUGUCAACUUCUUGGUGUCUUUGCUGAAGAAGAACUGGCAGAAUGUGCGUGCCCUCUACAUCAAGAGCACCAUGGGCAAACCUCAGCGCCUCUAUUAAACCAGUUUUUCUACUAAUAAAAUGUGGAGAUCCUCCAAA